AUGCCCGGAGAAGAUUAUGAAACCUUCAAGCUUGGAGACUGGGAGCUCCAGAGUGGAGAAAAGAUCCCGGAUGCUCACAUCGCAUACAAAACCUUUGGUGAUCCCAAAUCACCAGCAAUCAUUUAUCCCAGCUGGUUCUCUGGCAUGAUUUCUGAUAAUUUCUGGCUCAUCGGAGAAGAUAAAACCCUCAACCCAGAGAAAUUCUUCAUCAUCGUCCCCGCACUCUUUGGAAAUGGACAAUCGUCUUCGCCUUCAAAUCAGCCCACCCCUGCACCCUUCCCCAAAUGCUCUUUCUAUGAUAAUGUGCGUGCCCAGCAUGAGCUCGUCACUAAACACCUAGGUAUCACCCAUGCACGAGCCGUGGUCGGAUGGUCCAUGGGAGCUGCGCAGACUUUCCAGUGGGCAACUCAGUAUCCCGAGUUUAUGGACAUUGCGGUUCCAUUUUGUGGAUCGGCAAAGACUUCCUUGCAUAAUCAGGUCUUUUUGGAAGGCGUUAAGAGUGCCCUGAUUGCUGUGAAGGAUACGAGGUCUGCUGGUUCUGGCGCGAUUGGUGUGAAGGAAGGACAGCCGGAUGUUCGGGUUUGGUCUGCUCGUGAGAAGGAUGUUGGUCUUAAAGCGCUGGGCAGAGUAUACGCUGGCUGGGGAUUCAGUCAGGCAUUCUACAGACACAAGUUAUACGAGACUGUGCUCGGGUACAAGGGACUCGAGGACUUUAUGCAGAAUUUCUGGGAGAAGUGGGCUUGCUCAAAGGACCCUGAAAACCUGCUCGUCAUGAUUCAGACAUGGCAGAACGGCGAUGUCUCUAAACAAGAGCCAUAUAACGGGGACUUUGAGAAGGCCUUGGCAUCAAUCAAAGCGAAAACAUUGGUUUUGCCUGCCAAGACGGAUUUAUAUUUCCCACCGGAGGAUUCGGAGUAUGAAGUUGCUUCCAUGAAGCCAGGUAUUGGAAAGCUGGAUGUCUUUCCAUCGAUUUGGGGUCACUGGGCAGGAGGACCUGGGGAUAGCAAAGAAGAUGUCGAAUGGUUGGACAGACAGUUGGCAGGCUUCUUUGCCGAGAAUAAACCAGAUCGUGUUGCUGCUCUGGCCCAGAAGCUGACUGAGGCGCUGUAG